AUGACUUUAACUGAAGCAGAAUUUAAAUUUGACUCACUUCAAAAGUUUCAAUCAGGUUUUGGAUUUUGUUCUGAAGAUACUACUGGUGUCAUUCCUAAAGUUGAAUACGAUUCGUCGACAAACUCAUUCAUUGGAUUUACAACACCAAUCGUUGAUGGUAUUCCAUUGACGAAACAUUAUCAAGCUGAUACAUUUGAUGAUUUUAAAAUCAUUUAUAGUACCAAUGAAACAGCACCAUUAUUGAAUGUGCAUUUGUUCCAAAGUAUAUCAACAGAAGAUGAUCCAACAAAUUUUCCGAAACCAGUUUUACUCUCUGCUUAUGGUGUUGACAACAAGUUUACAGCUAUGGAUAUUUUACGAAGAUGGAUGCAUAUUUUUGAACGUUGUUUAGAUAAAGAUGUUCGCAUUAUCGGAUUUUCUACAGUGAAACAGCAACAUUUACCAAAGCAAGCAUUAAUCAAUAUACAUUUAUUCAAUUCACAACCAUGCGAGUCAUUAUUUAGAGAUGCAAGAUCAUUAAGCAGUACAUCCUCAACGGUCGUCAAUUUUACCGUAACAGAUUUUAUGCGACGUUCACAAAAACUAUCAAUAUUAAAUCAAUUUAAACAUAAUCAUUUGGAAAAAGAUCUAUCAUUUCCCAUACAUCAAAAACACAAACGCAAACAUCCAUUACAAUCAUCACAUCAAUUAGAUAAUAUUGAUACCUUAGAUAUUCAAAAAUUAAUAUCAAAUGCAUAUGAUCAAGCAUUACGUCUUGUUAAACAUUCAAAAAUACUAGAUAAAUUAAAUGAGCAUAAAAUAAAUUGUUUAAAUGAUUUAAGUAGUUAUAUCUUCGACAUGUUAAAUAAAAAUUCAAGAAUGAUUAAUUAUUCUUUCCGAACAGAAAAUAGCACCACUGACGAGUUUGGAUUGAAUGAAGAAAAUGAAGAUAAUGACGUCAUCAAUUAUGCACCAGACCAACUUAUUGAUGAAAUUCUAUUUGAUGCUCAAAGCGACGGUGUUAGUGAUGAUGAUGAAAAUAUAUUAAAUUCAAUAAAAUCAGAUUUUAAUGGAAUAAGAAUAGUUGAUAAUAUUAAUCCUGCUAUAAGAAAAUCGUAUUUCAAAGUCAAAAUAAAUGACAAUAUUAAGUAUCUUCACAAACAAUCGGCCUGCUGGCUGCAUCGAGUCAGUUAA